AUGCAGUCUCUAAACAUCACCCCGUCAGUGGGUAUGAUUGCAUGUUGCGAAUGCGGUGUUGCAAUCACUCCAAAUCAAGCAAAUAUGUGCAGUGGAUGUCUUCGAUCAAGAGUUGAUAUUACAGAAGGAAUCACUAAAACCUGCACUAUUUACAUGUGUAAAUUUUGCGAUCGUUAUUUUGUUCCACCAAGUGCAUGGAUGAGAGCCGAACUCGAAUCGAAAGAAUUGUUGUCAAUUUGUCUCAAAAAGUUAAAACCAAUGUUAACAAAGGUAUCUAUUAUUUCAGCGCAUUUUCAGAAAAAAAUUGAAUUUUUACAGGUUCGUCUAACUGAUGCAUGUUUCGUUUGGACAGAAGCUCACUCAAAAAGAAUCAAAGUGAAGAUCACAAUUCAAAAAGAAGUCUUCACCAGCACAAUUUUACAACAAAGUGUUGUUGUCGAAUUCUCGGUUGCCAGUCAAUUGUGUGAUGAUUGUCGUCGUGCAGAAGCCAAAGAUUUUUGGAGAGCCUGUGUUCAAGUUCGCCAACGCGCCGAAUUCAAAAAGACACUUUUCUAUCUCGAACAACUUCUUCUCAAACAUUCAGCUCAUAAAGAAUGCACUGGAGUAAAACCAGUUCCAACUGGUAUCGACUUCUACUUCGCGAAACAACAAGAAGCUCGAAAAUUCGUCGAUUUUUUGAACACAGUUCUUCCAUGCAAAUAUCAUUAUGCUCAAGAAUUGAUUUCUCACGACACCAAAAACAACACCUACGAUUACAAGCAUACAUUCUGCGUUGAAAUCGUUCCAAUCUGCAGAGAUAAUAUUGUAUGUUUACCAAAGAAAAUUGCACAACAAUUCGGAAAUAUGUCACAAAUUGUUAUUUGUCUUCGCGUUUCCAAUGUUAUCACACUUAUUGAUCCGAAUAAUUUGCAAUUAGUUGAUGUUCAAGGGUUUGUGUUUUGAAGUAGAAACAAAAAACAAUGAUUUUUUUUUACAGAACAAACUUCUGGAGAGAUCCAUUCGACGCAUUAUGCGGGCCUAAACAAUUGACAGAAUUCUACGUUUUGGAUGUUGAUGUGAUUGAUAACUUCGAAAGAAAAGCUGGUCAUGGAUAUGUGAGUAAACGACAUCAAUUAGCUGAUGUUUGGCUAGUUCGAAGUGAUCAAGUUGGAAUGUCAGAUGCUCAAACUUUAUCAGCAAGAACACAUUUGGGACAUUUAUUAUCACCAGGAGAUCUUGUUAUGGGUAAGAUUAUAUAUAAUCAUACGUCGGAUACCAUUGUUCCAAAUCUACCAGUGCAUACCCCCAUUUUUGAAAAUUUCGGGCAAAAGGGAUACCCCCUACCCUUUUACCUUUUCCUUUUUUAUUUGCAGUUGUAAAAACUUGAUAAUCAAAAUUUUUGUUAAAAUUUGAGCACAAAAUAGCUUCAUUUCGACAAAAAUCUCAUUCUCAUCACUUUUAAGUCAAAUUUUGAUUAAAAAUUCCUAUUUGUCAAAAACAAAAAAAAAUACGUUUCAAAAUUUUGAUAUAAUUUAUUAUCAAAUAUUUUUUUCAAUAUGUUCAUCAUUUAUUAUGUAUACCUGCAAAAAGCGAAGUUUGAAAGACGUUCGGGAUUCUCAAUGUUUAUACCUUUAACGUGUCCAUUUCAAAACCCGGUGGUUUUUUCUUGAUCUUUGGGAUUUCGUAUUGAGAAUAAAUUAAAAUCAAAAUUCUCAAAAUUUGGAUGAAAAUUCUGAAAUUAUCGAUAGAUAGAGUACAAAAAUGAGAAAAUUUCUUCAAAAAGUUUUCUUUUUUCUGGAAAUCUAGUUUUUUUCAGCGUUCGAUCUUAAAAACUGCAACGUCAAUAAUGCAACCUUCGAUGCCAUGAAUAAUGAAAAUGUUCCUGAUGCAAUUAUUGUGAAGAAAGUGUUUGAUAGAAAUCGACGAGCACAAAAACGACAAUGGAAACUUAAGAGAUUGGUUGUUGAUGGAAAUAUUGUUGGAAAUGAAACUGCAUCUGUUGCUGACGAAUUCAUUGGAUUUAUGGAGGAUAUUGAAGAGGAUGUUUUGAUGAGAGAGAAAAUCAAUAUUUAUAAGGAUCAAGAGAAGAUUGAGAGAAGAAUGGGCGAGGCCACAGAUGAUGAAGAUGAAGUUCCAGAUGCUCCAACUCUUGCUGAAAUGUUGGAUGAUUUGAAUUUCAACGACGAUGAAAUGCCGCCAGAAACAUCUGGAAAUGUUGGAGAAGAGGAUGAAGAAGCAAUGCAGGAAUAA